AGGUAGAAGAGCGCGGGUCAGAACAGAUAUGGUAACUCACGCAUGAUAAAACUCACCUAAACACUAGGAAAACUGGAGUGAUUUAGACUCCUUCCCCCAAAGGAAUUCCCACUUCAAGAUUCAUACUUGGUGCUCAGCAAAACAGGAGUCACUCACUACAGGACCAACUUUGUUUAAAGGAUGCUGACCAUGUUCUCAAAUAUAGAGUGUCAGAAAAUGCUGCUGGUGGUCAUGUCACUUUCAAUAACUACCUGGAUAAUUUUUGAAAUUUCUCAGAAUUCCACAAAGCUUUGGACUGCUCUGAACACCUCCAUGAAGUCCUCAUGUCCUGAAAUGCCAAUGAAUCAGUCAAAGUUACCAACAGAGACUAAGCUAAGAGGAGAGGUCCCUAAAAUGAUGACACCUGUCAAGUCACCAACAGAGAAAGAGCUGAGAGUCAGGGAGGUCCUGUCGAAGCUAGAUGGGCAGAUCCCACCCAGACCCUUCACCCACCUCAACACCACCACCAGUGCCACACACAGCACAGCCACCAUCCUCAACCCUCGAGUUCAAUACUGUAAAGGGGACCAGCUGGACAUCCUAGUAGAAGCCAGGGACUACCUAAGAAACAGGAAGGAGUAUGGUGGAGACUUCCUGAGGGCCAGGAUGUCCUCCCCAGCCCUGAAGGCAGGAGCUUCUGGAAAGGUGACAGACUUCAACAAUGGCACCUACCUCGUCAGCUUCACUCUGUUCUGGGAAGGCCCAGUGGCCCUGUCUAUCCUGCUCAUCCAUCCCAGUGAAGGAGUGUCAGCUCUCUGGAGAGCAAGGAACCAAGGUUAUGAUAGAAUUGCCUUCAAGGGUAAAUUUGUUAAUGGCACCUCCCAGGUCUUAAAUGAAUGUGGCCUGACCCUAAACUCAAGCAAUGAACUCUGCAAAUACCUGUACAGUGGCGGUGAAGAAGUCUUCUACUGUAUGAAGCCUCAACACAUGCCCUGUGAGGCCUUGACCCAUGUGUGUACCAAGCAGCAAGAUGUUUCUUUUCUUACUGACAAAGAAAAAGAUCUUUUCCAGAAGUCCAACAUAGGAGUUGAAAUGAUGAAGAACCCUAAGUACAUUAGUGUCUCUCAAUGCAACAAGAGUGAGAAUGGGAGAAAGAAAUGUCAGAUGGGGAUGGAGAUUCCCACGCCCAGCGGUUACACUUUCAGAGGAAGCUGGAUCGCAGCCCAGUGCAAGCAGAGUCUGUUCAGCUCCAGUCAGAUAAGUGACUGUUUGAAAGGAAAACUCAUUUACCUCCUGGGAGACUCAACUCUGCGUCAGUGGAUCAACUACUUUCCCAAAGUUGCAAAAUCCCUGAAGCCUUUCGAUCUGCAUGGGACAGGACUAUAUAAGAAACAUUUGCUUCUGGAUGCCGAAAGACACACUCUGCUUGAAUGGAAAAAGCACAGCCAUCCUUUCAUCACGGUCCAGCUCUACUCUGUGAUAGAUGAUGGCUAUAUUCCUCAGGAAAUUGACCGCUUACCAGGUGACAAAGAUACUGUCGUCGUCAUUACCUUGGGCCAACACUUCAGACCCUUCCCCAUGGAACUUUUCAUUCGUAGAGCCAUCAGUAUCCAAAAGGCUAUUGAGCGACUCUUCCUCAGAAGCCCUGACACUAAAGUCAUCAUUAAGACAGAAAAUAUCAGGGAGAUGCACUUAGAUACAGAGAAGUUCGGAGAUUUCCACGGUUAUAUUCAGUAUCUAACCAUGAAGGACAUUUUCAAAGACCUUCAUGUGGGUAUCAUUGAUGCCUGGGACAUGACCAUUGCAUGUGGUAGCUAUCUGCUCCACCCACCUGACCAAGUGAUUGGAAAUCAGAUUGCCGUGUUUUUAAACUAUAUUUGCUAAAGCUGCAUCACUAGGAGCCAAUGUCCACCGGCCAUGCCAUGUGUUUCAUCAGUGAAGUUUUAUUCAAUUAGGGUCUGUCCAAGAAGAAAUCAAAUAAUUUAAAAGAAUUUGUCUUGGAAUAGAGAUGCCACUCAGUUGAAAGAGUGUUUGCUUAGAAGGCAUGGGGCCUUGGGUUCAGCUGUCGGCACCACAUAAGCAGGGAACGGUGGUACAUGGUUUUAAUUCCAGCACUCGGGAGGACAGAAGUUCAAGGUCAUCUUUAGUUACACAGUCAGGUCAAGGAGAGCCUGGGCUACCUGAAAACCUUGCUUGAUUAAAAAUAAUAGCCAUGGCCUGGCGGUGGUGGCACACACCUUUGAGCCCAGCACUCGGGAGGCAGAGGCAGGCGGAUCUCUGUGAGUUUGGGGCUAGCAUGGUCUACAGAGCAAGUUCCAGGAUAGGCUCCAAAAGCUAUGCAGAGAAACCUUGUCUUGAAAAACCAAAACAGAAAUAUUAAUAGUAAUAAUAAUAAUAAUAGUCAUAAUCUUGACAGGAAACAUACUUAAGAACAGUGACUACAGAGACAGGAUAUAAAGCCAAGAAAACUAGGUGUGAAGGACAAUCCCAGAAUGUACUCGGUUUAUCUCUGUGUUAAUAAAUACCAUUGUUCUUCAGGUAA